CAUCAGCUGUUGUCAGCUGUUAGCAGUAGCAUCAUGCUACCCGAGUGGAGAUUUUGCUAAAGCAACUCGGAAGAUAGUCGCGUUUCGGUACCGUUCGUGUAGCUGACAGCCUACUAAUCAUAUCUACUUUGACCAAACGACAUAUUAAACCGAUCCGCAUCGUUUAUUUACUGAUUCUAUCACAACAACAGGACCGUCUCUUCAGUUUACUUCCGUGUACAUCAAGAGGCUAACCGUUAGGACGGAUCUGAUUGGCUCUCAGACCUCUCGGUGAAGCCCGUUCUUGUUUCUGAUUGGACGGCUGACGACACGUCACGUUUUGAGUGACAUGUAGCCACAAAGGGUUGGAUACGUAACGAGGUCACAUGAAGCUCAGGAAUGCUCCCUGGUAGGAGGCAAGUUAUGAAGGAGAAGAAGACCUGAAAUAUUUUUAUGACACUCCAUAUGGAUUCUUCAUGUUGACCAUUGCUUUUCCCAAACUGAGUCGACCAGUGGUGCGUGUGAGGAAACUGGCAGCUCAGCUCACCAAAGCAACCAUGUCCACAAUCCACCAGGGCUCUAGUCCGUCCUUUGCAGCCAACGGGGAUGCUCCCACUGCAGCCAUUCUCAUCAUUGGAGAUGAGAUACUCAAGGGUCACACACUGGACACAAACAGCGCCUUUCUGACACGAGCCCUAAGGAAGCUCGGAGUGUCUGUGCAGCGCAUAACGGUCGUACCGGAUAUACAAGAGGUCAUCGCCAAAGAGGUGGCCCUCCUUUCCCCUCAGUACACACACCUCAUCACUUCAGGGGGCAUAGGCCCCACCCAUGACGAUGUCACCUUUGAGAGCGUCGCCAUGGCGUUCCAAGAGGAGUUGCAUCCCCACCCUGAGCUCUCCCGGUUGGUUGAGGAGUUUUUCGGGGUGUCGGAUAAGGACAGCGCUGCUAUGAAGCUGGCUAUGGUGCCUCUCUCGGCCAAUCUCAACUACGGAACCGACCCUCAGACUGGACAGCUGCUCCGCUACCCACUGGUCAGUGUGCGUAACGUAUAUAUCUUUCCUGGGAUCCCAUCUCUGAUGGAGAGGGCCUUCAUGGGGCUGGAGCACCUCUUCGCUGGUUCAGGGACCACUUUUCACACCCGUGAGGUGUUCGUGGAUGCAGACGAAACAGAAAUCGCCACCGUGCUGACCAAACUGCAGGCCGGUUGGGGCCGGAAGGUGGCUCUCGGCUCCUACCCCGACUGGCUGAGCAACUACCACAGAGUCCGGCUGGUCCUGGACUCGGAUAGCCAGGAGGAGAUAGACAAAGCCCGGGCACAGCUGCUGGACAAGCUGCCCAAGGGUAGCGCGGUGCCCUUAGUCACUGACCCGGUGUCCAUCGCCACCGCUGAGGUGUACAUGCUGGCUAACAGCGGCUCUCCGUUGGGUGAGAAAGUUCUGUCUGCGCUGAAGACGAUAGAGGCCGCGCUGGAUCAGUAUUCGACGGAGGAAGUCUGCAUCGGCUUCAACGGAGGCAAAGACUGCACGGCGCUGCUCCAUCUCUACUACGCAGCAAUGAAACGGCGAUAUCCGGAUGGUAAAGACAAGGUGAAAGCCCUGUAUAUCCGUAUCGUCUCUCCAUUCCCAGAAAUGGAGAGGUUCCUUCAGGACACGAUAAAAAGAUACGACUUGGAGAUAUUCUCCGUGGAGGGCAGCAUACGGCAGGCGCUGAGCGAGGUGCAGGAGAGGAAGCCGGAGCUGAAAGCGGUCCUGAUGGGGACCAGGAGGAGUGACCCCUACUCGCACACACUCACAGCCAUGUGUCCCACUGACCCCGGCUGGCCAGACUACAUGAGAGUCAACCCCUUACUAGACUGGACGUAUCACGACAUCUGGUCGUUCUUGAGGACGUUAUACGUGCCCUACUGUAUUCUCUACGAUAAAGGGUACACUUCACUGGGCAGCAUGGACAACACCUGUCGAAACGUCUCCCUCCAGACGGUGGACGGGAGGGGGGUGACGCGAUACAAGGCGGCCUACCUCCUGGAGAACGAAGAAGAGGAGCGAAACUCCCGUGCCUGAUGUAGCCUCUAGCUUCUUCUUACCCGUGUCACCUGUUGCUGAUGGAGCUUUAGUUUUUCCAGCACCUGCACAUAAAAAUCAAAACUAAACAUGUGACGUUUUGAUCAAAGUCUUCAUGUGAAUAUCUGCACAAUGAGAUUGUAAAGCAAGUCUGUGUGUGUCAGUGCUAUAUUUGUUUAUACAUGUGAGUUUCAGCCCUAAAGUAACGGCUCUCUGCGCUGUUGAAUAAAACAUCAAUCUGUGUCAUCUUU